UUGGUUUCUUCUUCCUUUUUCUUUCUCUCUUUCUGUUUCUUCUCCAUUCUUUCUCCCCUCUCAAUUCUUCCCCAAACCCAUCUCUCAGAACUCUAGCCCCAAAACUCACGGCAACAAGGACGGCAGGUCGGCAACGAGGACGGCGACGAGUACGGCGAGUACGGCUUCCAUCUUUCUCCUCCCAUGUACGGCUUCCAUCUUUCUCCUCUCAUUUCUUCCCCAAACCCAUCUCUUAGAACCCUAGCCCCAAACUCACCGGAAACAAGGACGGUAAGUCGGCAACGAGGACGGAGACGGGUACGGCUUCCAGAAAUGACAACUGUUCAUAUGACAGCAGAUCAGCCCAAGGUAGACAAUCAAGCAGCAACCUCCACGGCCAGGUCUCAGCCUUCAGCCCAAAAGUUCAAACGUUGGGGCAGGACAUCACCAUUUGUUAGAUAUGGUCUUCCAAUGAUCUCACUCACUGUUCUUGGAGCUCUUGGACUUGGCCAUCUAUUGCAAGGAAGCAAGGAUAUUGCUAGAAUAAAGGAUGACCAAGAAUGGGAGAUUAUUGAGACAAGAAAAGCACUGUCAAGGACAGGACCUGUUGAUGCCUAUAAACCUAAAAAGAUUUCGCUGGAGGAAGAGCUGAAGGCUUUGCAACAAAAGGUUGACAUAGAAAACUACGAAUACAAAAAAAUUCCCAGGCGGAAUGAAGGCAAAUGAAGCUAGUCAGAAGUUUUUUCAUGAGAUUUUGAGGGACUUGAACUGUUCAGACUUCUGAGUAGUCUGCAUACCCUGGUCAGCCAGGUUGCCGAGAGAAAUAAGCUGCACCGAUCUGCUUGUUCCUUUUGGUUUUGGUUUUGGUUUCGAUUUUGAUUUGGUUGUUUGCAUACCAUACGACUUAGUGCAGCUCUUGAAAAAUAUUUCUAAUUGAUAAUUUGCUCUACUUUACAUUGAUAGAGUGCUUCUGGUUUAAUGGCUCUCUCUCUCCCUCUUCGGGUUGGAACA